UCACUCCAAGAACUCGAUCUUUUAACAUUCCACAAUCAAAGAUUAACCAAACUAUUGAAAUUUUAUCACAUCAGAAAUCGUCACCAGGUUGGUUAGUCGGGUCAGCAAAAAAAGAACUUGAGAGAACAAAAGCUCUUUUGGAAUCUACAAGUGGAGAAUUGACAAAGGAAAUUGAAAAAAAUGAAUCAUUGCAUAAGGAACUUUUUGAGGCCAAGAGUUUAUACACACAACAUUCGAAUGUUCUUGAAUCCAAGAUUUUAGAAUUAGAAAGAAAGGCCGAAGAGCUCCAGAAUGAAUUAACAAGAUCACAUCUUGCUAGCGAAGAUGCUAUGAGUACAUUACGUCAAGAGAAGCGCGAGCUUGAUAAUGAACUCGAACAAACAAGAUCAGAAUUACUCUUAAUUGAUAAUGAGUCUAAUGAACUUAUUGCAAGCUUUAAACAAUUGCAAUUAAAUGCCAAAGAUUACUUGAAAGCUCUUGAAGAGAAGUCGGAAUCAUCUUAUGAUCUAGGCUUGAGGGUCAAAAAUGCUAGUAAAGUAUGGCAACAAAAUCUACAAACAUUGGCAGUGAAAUUGGCAUCCUCUCAAAACCUUAUUAAAUUGAAAAAUAAUUGUGAAAUUUCUUACAAAACCAAUAAUUCUUUAUUAAUAUCUAAACUAGCAUCUCAGGAUGAUGAUGAGGAGGAGUUUGUUUAUCCAGUUAAUCCUGAAAAGCAAGAAAUCCCUGAAUCUUCAAGUCAAUCAAUUGAGAAUACAUCACAACUUUCAACCAUUAUGACCACACAAACAAUAUCUGCAAGAAGUGAUAUAGGAAUGAAAACACUUAUCAAGAAACAUUAUGAAUCUAAAAUAAGCCAAUUAACAAACCAGUUAAAUUCAGCGGAUCAAAAGUCGGUACAAUUACAUAAUUCUCUAAAAGUCAUUAAAGAAAAAUUGGUUGAAUCGGAAAAUCUAAAAUUACGGUCAGAACAAGAAAAUGUGAAAUUACAAAAUGAAUUGUCUCGAUUGAAGGAAAAAUUGAAUGAAGAUCGUGCAAAUUAUGAUACACAGCUUAAAGAAAUGAGGGGGUGGGCUGAACAACGGCAAAAUAAGGAUAAGGAAUUAGAUGACGAAUUAUCGGGGUAUAAAGCUGGAACUUCGCGAAAUGAAUAG